AUGAACUCCUUCCGCUUCGCUCGCUCUGCCCUCCGGGCCCGUCCCUCCAUGUUCAGCGCUCCUGUCCAGCGCCGUGGAUACGCCGAGGCCGUUGCCGACAAGAUCAAGCUGUCCCUGACCCUUCCUCACCAGACCAUCUACCGCUCGACCGGCGUGACCCAGGUCAACAUCCCCGCCGCCUCCGGUGAGAUGGGUGUCCUCGCCAACCACGUUCCCUCCAUCGAGCAGCUGAAGCCUGGUCUCGUUGAGAUCCUUGAGGAGGGUGGUGCCACCAAGCAGUACUUCCUCUCCGGUGGUUUCGCCGUCGUCCAGCCCGACUCCCAGCUGAGCAUCAACGCCGUCGAGGGCUUCCCUCUGGAGGACUUCAGCGCCGAUGCUAUCCGCAACCAGAUUGGUGAGGCUCAGAAGAUCGCCAACGGCAGCGGCAGCGAGCAGGACAUCGCCGAGGCCAAGAUUGAGCUUGAGGUUCUCGAGACCCUGCAGGCCCUCGUCAAAUAG